UUGUAGUCACAGCUGCCCUGGGGCGCACUGACAGAGGCGAGGCUGCCGGACACUGGUGCCACCGGGCCCUCUGACCACCACCAACUCAAAAACAGAGUUAAAGUAACAGAGUCUCCCUCUUUUGCUGUUAUGUAAUGCUAGUCUCAACCCAUACUCUUUAUAACACAUGUCCACUUAGAUUAAUAUCAUACAACUGCAGUCAAAGCUUCUUCCUCUACGACAGCAGAAUUCCUCCUCCUCCUUCCUCCACCCACAGACAAAGCUGUUGAUGAAACCUCUCUGUUCAGUUCAGACUACAGUCAUGCCACGAACUCUCCAUUUGUCAUGGAUGGAUUCUCUUGAAGUCCCUCUUGUUUUGUUUGGGAUUUGUGACGUUACAUGUCUACAAAAGAUAGAUGUGGAGCCUUACAGGAAUGUUGAGCUGGAGUGUCAGGGUCCAGAAAAUGGCAAACUCAUCCUGCUGGCGUGGAAAAGACCUGAUCUGCUAUCAGAUGGAUACGUCUUCUUCUACCGAGAUGAUCUCCCACAUAAAAACUUCCAGGAUCCGAUUUUUAAGGAUCGAGUGAAGCUGAGAGAUCCACAGAUGAAAAAUAUGGAUAUGUCCAUCAUCCUGAGCAACACCACCAUUAAUGACACUGGAACCUACGAGUGUUGUAUCGUCGUGGAAGACACAGGAGACAGUAGGCAAGAAACCUCUGAGAUCAAGCAUGAAAUCAGGCUGAAGGUUAGACUACUAGGUCAGACAGAAAGAUUCGGAGAUGGAGGGAAGAAGGAAGAGGCUGGAUUCAGUGUCAGACAGAAUGGACUGCUGAUAUCUCUGGGAUUUUCUGUAGUCGGAUUAAUUGUUCUUGUUAUUACUCUUCUGAUGCCUAAAAAACAGGAACAUCAUCCCAGCUCAUCCUAGUGAAGAAGAUGACAACCAGUUUGUCUUGAAGUAAACAUCUGGUCAACCAGGAGCACUUAGAGAUGAUUCAAAGAAACAGGAAGAAGCUGGACUCAGUGUUUUAUCUGUUGGUUUCCCAAUUCUUCUGGGAUUUUCUGCAAGACUACAUGGCAAAGAAAUGAAUGUCCCUUGAGAGGAAUAGAAAUAUUUUACUGCUAUUAUUUGCUGCUAUUUUUAUAAUCAUCAUUACCAUUUCAUGUUAAUAGUGAUGUUGCUUUCACAGAUGCAUUCAGAUGUUCAAAUAUAUUGGUAUUAUAUCAGUCUUUAUUACAAGUCCAGUUAUAACCACGUCGAAAUGUUGAGUUGAAUAUAUAAUAUAUAAUUUUAAAUGCUUUUCUAAUGCUGCUAUGAUCUCAGUGUUUCUGUGUAGACUGCAGGGACAGGAAGUUAGAUGUCUUUGAAGUUGCAGGCUGGUGCAGAAGUGAAACUGAAAGCAAAGAGAGCAUUUAAGGGCGAGACAUACACAUCCAGACACGUACGCAGUACACAGCAUGCACGCGCCCCUGCACGUGCACGCACACACAAAUUAGAGAGACUCAUUUAGUAGGCAAGAGUUGAAAUACGUUUUGCUAUGGCUGCAAAGUCGAGGUGUACGUGUUAGUCUGUUCCAGGACCUGAUGUCCUAGGAGAUAAGCGACAGCGAGGAUGGAGACAGGAAGCAUCAGCCGUCGACACGAAGAUGAUGUUCUAUGUUA